CUUACAAUCUUCCUUGUAAGAACAGCGGAUUUAAGCGCGGAUUUAAAAUUGUUCAACAAAAUCAAUAUGAGAAUUUCAAUAGGUUUGCUGUUCAUUGUAUUCGCGUUGUGUAUGGAAUUAUCAACAGGUGGUUUUGGAGCUUAUGGCUAUGGUGGCGGUUAUGGUGGCUCGCGUCGUUCCUAUGGCGGUGGAAGACGUACUGGCAGAACAUACAGCGAUAUAGCACGAGUUAUUAAUCCAAAUCCUUAUGCAUUCGUUGGACGUAGUCCUUAUCCAGGACAGCCAUUUUGGCCCCAAGGCUAAAUCGAAAAAAAUUAAUAUAAUUUUGUGUAAAUGUUUAAAUUUUAUUUUGUGUGAGUGCGUAAGAAAUUCUA